AUGAAAACAAUUAAAUUUUUUGAAAAAUCAGUGCUUCUUUGUAGUAAAGCUGAGCAGUACACAGCAUUCGUUCGUGAAAUUUCACCUGGAGACGCAAGUAAAGUCAGUCGUUUAGUUGUGAACCCCCAAAAUCAAGAUACUGUACUAGAGGAUGUUAAGCUCGCAUAUUUAAAUCCUAUGAUCACAAGCGAUGUAGAAAACAUCUUCCGUAGUACCAAUCCAAAUCAACUUGCUAAUGCCAAUGGUUUUCUGGUGAUCGAAGUCGGAAUGGCUGUUAGCAAAGACAACAACUCCAACAUAUCCGAUAGUGCGGCUAUGCCUACAGUACUCCCACCCGAUCGUAAACAGCCAGCUGUUCCUCAACAACUGAUCAGCAUCCAUGCUGAGACCAAUAGCGACAACGACUUGGAUAUCCAAGAGGUUUCUUCUCAACUGGACUUCGCAAGUGUGAUUGGAAACAACUCCAACAUACCCGAUAGAGUACUCCCACCCGAUCGUAGUAAACAGCCAACUGUUCUUCAACAACCGAUCAGCACCCAUGCUGAGACCAAUAGAGACAACGACUUGAAUAUCCAAGAGGUUUCUUCUCAACUGGACUUCGCAAGUGUGAUUAGAAAUUGGUUGAGUGGCAUCAGUACUGUUUCGACCAACGCAGAGAAAGCGAAUGGUUCCAACAAUAUCAGCAUGGAUGACAUUGAAGAACUCUUUUUAAUUUCAAAGUUUUUUAGAAAUGGUAUCACUUGUUUGAUAAAAAAGAAAAGAAACGACCUCAAUUCAGUGAGAAAAUCAGUCAUAGAGUUCAUUACGGAAUUCUUAAAUUGCCACCGUUCUGUGCCAUUCAAGAGUUUGUUUGUCAAAAACGAAAUAACUCCUGAAGAUAUCAAAGCAUUGGUGAAUAGGCUUGGCCAACGAUCGGCCAUUACCUCCUCCUUGUCAUGGCAUCUCAAGGAUUUCGCUGAAAAGAUAGCAAAGGCAUGUAAGUUCUCCGAUCAAAUAUCAUCAUCCACCAGAACAAUCGAAGGUACUCGAACCAUUAUCAAAACUAUCUCCAGUAACCAAAGCUACUAUUGUGACAUUGCCAAGUACAUGGACAACGAGACACACAAGAAUUUCAUCCAGGCCCUAACAAAUCCAAAUAGGCAUAUUCCACAAGUUACCCAGGAGCCCGUUCGAAUGCCACACUGUUUACGACAUGCAAAAGACUUUUUUCGCUGGGAUAUGGAGCGACAGCUCUACAGACUCAAUCCAACCAUUGAGCCAUUCCACGACAUCAUCUUAGAGAUAACCCGUACACUCUUAGAUACAACCAUUGUGGUUUCCAUGGAGCUAAUGGCUAAUUUGGGUGUUAUCCGCUUUACCAAGGAAGUCUUGGCUUUCACAACUGGAAUACCUGUAUCAUAUUUUCGGGAGUGGACAUGGACAGAGAAAGAUAUCUUUAGCUUUUGGGUAGUUAAUCAACUCUUGAAAAGCGAACAGUCAUUUCUAAUCGUUAAUGACCCAUUUGGUUUGGUCAAGGCACUCGCAGAGAUAUUAGGAAAACAUCAACAAUGCAAAGAGUUGGCCAAUCUUUUGCGAAAGUACAUGUGGUUGAGGGCCUGUCGGCAAUCAGGAAAUACGGAAAUCGACUUUGGAAAUACAAAACAACAAUACUACUACAUCGAAGAAAUCAAAGAAAUCGAAAGAGUUGUGAAUUCACCACAGACCGAGUCGCACCCCAGGAGGGUAAUAUUUGUGCAAGUCAACAACGAACAGGAAAAUCAACUUUUCCUCAACUAUGUUCAAGGACAUAAAUCAAUAACCUUUAUUGGUGUAAGCCUCCAGAAUGUCAAAUUUAAUACUCAAGGAUUGGUUGCCACACUUCAACUAUUUGUACAAACCAAAGAUUGA